AACCCUAGAAAAUUAUCGACCCAUGCAGAGAAUGGUAAGGGCAAUAAUAGUAAUGGGGGUGUGAACACAGAUACGGAGGAAAGAGAAAAAAGAGAGAAUGGGUUCAACGUUAAUAACGGUGGCAGAGAAGAAGAUGUGAAGAAGGAAGAGGGAAAUGGAGGGCCCAGAUUCAAUCUAAAGUGGGUCAAUCUGUUGUUGGACCCAGACCCAGAUAACAUCCUAGCCGUUGGAUUGACGGGUGUUCUUGCUUGGGCAAGUUUGCAAGUGUUGGGGCAGCUCUUCUUCAUAUCAUUGGCUAUUUUGCUUGCUGCUCUCAAGUAUUCCUUCAUUGCUGCUCUUCUCAUUUUCAUCCUUAUUACCCUCCUUUGA